CAACGUAACAUUGAGGGUAGCUUGUUAAAGUUUCACACUCCAUAACCGCGACAGCGAGUUCUGUGUUUUAUACGGUUAGUUGCACUCAAAUCUUGAAAUCGAUGCAUUUUUUAUAUUGUACGUCUAAAAUGUUUUUUCUUAUAUCAAAAUAACUGUAGUACUUGUAACUUGUUCCACAUUCCCGACAAGUGCAUAAUGAUCUGAGAUAAUUUCCGUUCUCACUAAACAACAAAAUGAUUGCUGUGUUAAGUAUAAAUAAAGUUACUAAGUGAAGAAGAAACGAUCGACUUUUUAUCACUCUUUAUUUGGAAACCAAAAAAAGCUCAGGAGACUAUUGAGUUAGAUGAAUUUAAGUGUUGACUAUGUUGUCAGUAAUAAUUAAAAUAAGCAACAUAAGGUUUACUAUAAGGGUGGAGCUUAAGCAUGCGGGUGUGGCCUAUUUACUGACUACCCUUUAUUGAUUGAAGAGGGGGAGUAGAAGAAGAGUUUACUACUAAAAUCCAGCUAAGAGGUCUCUCUAAAGAUGUGAGAACUAAGUUGUGACCCUAGCUCGUCAGUUAACGGAUCAAAUUUUUUUUUUCAUUGUGGGCACUUGCCGUAUAUUUUUGUUUGUUAACAAAUGAUAACAUCAAUUAGGAGCUUAUAUUCAAUAAAUUAUAAAUUUUUGUCAGUAAAAUAAACAAUACAUCAAUAGUUAAGAAAGUGAUGGCUCCCAUGAUUGAACAAUGUGGUCGUAACAUGUAUAAGAGUGCAUUACACAGUGAUCCUUAUACCACGGUUUUGAAACGCAAGCAAGCUGCUCGAAGACUUGAACUGCCGUUUGUUGGAGACCGCUGUUACAUUGUCGAUUCUUUGAAUUUAAGUGACACUUAUGAGCAGCACUCAAAUAAACAUAAAAAAAAUAUAAAAAACUAUAAUAAUAUAAAUGCGCAAAAUUACAAUUGCAAAAUUAACCAAAGCAGUAUCAAUUACAACGACUACGAAAAUCAAAUUGAUUGUCACAAUUGUGAAGUAUUUCCUGAGUCUUUGGGUGGCAUAAUGAAAGAAAAAAGUAAGAAUGCGGCACGAUCACGUCGAGAGAAAGAGAACACCGAAUUUCAAGAACUCGCCAAAUUACUUCCACUUCCAGCUGCGACAACGUCACAAUUGGAUAAAGCGAGUGUGAUCAGAUUAACGACAAGUUACUUAAAGAUGAGAGCUGUUUUUCCAAACGGCUUAGGAAAUGAAUGGGGCGCUUCGACGACAAUAAAUGAUUCACGUGAUGGAGUGAUCAAAGAAUUAGGCUCUUAUCUAUUGCAGACACUUGAUGGAUUUAUAUUUGUUGUGGCACCUGACGGAAAAAUUAUGUAUAUUAGUGAGACGGCAAGUGUACACUUAGGACUUUCACAAGUUGAAUUAACCGGGAACAGCAUUUUCGAGUAUAUCCACCCAGUUGAUCAUAAUGAGAUGCUUGAUGUCUUGAAUUCACCACUUCCAAUAUCAAACCGAUCAUUUUUAUCACCCAAUGCUCAUGGUAAUAUUGAAAUAGAACGAGCAUUCUUUAUUAGAAUGAAAUGUGUGCUAGCUAAGAGAAAUGCAGGACUUGUCACUUCAGGCUGGAAGGUUAUUCAUUGUUCUGGUUACCUCAAAGUACAGAUUCGUGGAGCACCUUAUGAAGAGUGCCAAAUAAUAGGCCUUGUAGCAGUUGGAAAUUCUCUUCCACCGAGUGCAAUCACGGAAAUAAAGCUGUAUCAUAAUAUGUUUAUGUUUCGUGCAUCUUUAGAUCUCAAACUUAUAUUCCUCGAUGUAAGUGUUAAAGAACUCACUGGAUAUGAUCCUCAAGACCUAAUUGAAAAAACAUUAUAUCAUUACGUUCAUGGUUGCGAUAUUUUGCAUUUACGAGAAUCACAUCAAAUAUUAUUGAUGAAAACACAAGUUACUACCAAAUAUUAUCGCUUUUUAACUAAAUGUGGAGGAUGGGUUUGGAUGCAGUCGUAUGUGACAAUUGUUAAUAAUUCAAGAAGUUCUCGACCCCAGUGUAUUGUAUCAGUAAACUACGUUAUAUCAGAUAAGGAAGCAUCGCAUUUGAUUCUAAAUUCAGAUCAAAAAAUGAAUAAUGUUCCUGAAAAUCAACUGAAGGUUCCGAAGUCUUCUAAUAAUUCUCUUUCUUGUGAAACGAAUGAACACUGUAGUCCAAGUUCCUCCUAUUCAUCUCAAACAAAUGACCUUCAAGAUGACUACGUUGAUACAACUUAUUCGACUUCUCCGGAUUAUAUGCUUACAGCUCAUAUUAAUCCUCCUCAGUAUCAAUUAUCUACUUAUACACCACCAAUAUUAUCAGUUGCUACCCCAUCAAGCGUCAAUAUUCAUGAAGACUCAUCGACUUACUGUCCUCUAGAUCUUUUUUAUCAAUAUGUUGGAGUAACUCCUGAUUCAUUGUCGUCAACAUCUAUGCAGCAGCAACAUUUGUUACUUCAUGCUAAUAAUAUUCAGUUUUCUCAACAAAACAAAUCAGAGAUUCAGCAGAAAAAAUCAUCAUUCUCUUGUCUAUCAAAUUCAUGCGCUAGUUACAAUAACUCUGAAUCUCAUCCAUCAAACUCAACAACAAAUCAUUCGGCUAUACCAUCGUAUUCAGUAAUUCAUCACCAUCACCCACAAACCACACCUCAUAAUCAACAUCAUCAUGAUCGACGGAAUCAACCUCAUUCUCAUCACCAACAACAAGAACUAGAUUCUACUCAGCAUUCUCAUCAUCGGCAACAACAAACUUUACAAAACGAAUCUACAAGAAAUUAUGAUGAAACUGGAUGUGAUUCUUUUCAAAACUGUGCCUUCAGUAAUAGUCCCUUGUUUGGUAACGGAACGGUUUCAACUAUGAAUCAUGAAAAUUUUCCAUCUGUAACUACUAACCAUCAUAUUCACGAUUUAUCAAGUCCAAUUUAUACAAGUGUUAUUGUUGACUCACAUCAACACAUCCCUAAUAAUGGCCCGAAUGUAACAAGUAUAAAUGAACAUCAACGAAUAACACAAACGAAACGUAAAACGCCUCCAAUCACAAACUUAUCUACUACGUUAGAAGCAUCACCUCCAAACCCAGUCAUUACCUCAACAGUAUCGACGUCACCAUCAGCAUCGGAGGCUGAAUCAAGAUCACCAAUAUUGCCUGCUACAAUGAUAAAGUCACUAAAUUCUCCUACAAAUGUUGCGAAAAGUAAACAGCCAGCUGAAUUAAUUAACAAAUCGUUCGACCCGGAAAAUAAAAAUGAAUUCCCCAUUUUAAAUAAAUGUGAUGAAAAAACGAAUAAUGUACAUGAUCGAUCGAAUUUGACUAAAUAUUCAUUUAUAACAGGAUUUUCUAGAUCAUAAAAAUUUUGUAAUCAUUUAGACGAUACAAAACGCUCAUGCUGGUUUUGAGUACAAAAUUGCAACUUAUUUAUGAUUCUAUUUGUUUUUAUUAAAGUAUGGUUCUAAGAAAGACAGACAAUAUUGAUAAAUAUUUUAUAGACUGGUGUAUUUAAUGUAGAAGAUAGAAAAGAGAAAGCUUGUUUCUCAUCAAUAGAUUUAAAAUUAUAUACUCUCACGUAUUAUAAAUUAAUAAAUUAUACUGGACAGAA